AUGUCGCAAGUUAUCAAUGAUCUCAAAGUAGAGGCCUCUCACGAUGAACACGCCAUCGAUAUCGACCCUGCCGCCGAAAAACGGCUCGUUCGAAAGAUUGAUAUGUAUCUAAUGCCUUCAGCCUUUGUUCUUUACCUAUUCUCAUACGUUGAUCGAUCCAAUAUCGGCCUUGCCAAAAUUGCGGGAAUGGAAGAUGACCUCAACCUGAGCUCGGAUCAAUAUUACAUUGCGGUUGUCAUAUGGGUGAUAGGAUAUACCAUAGGUGCGGUGCCUUCUAAUAUGAUUUUGGCACGCACCCGUCCAUCUAUUUUUAUUCCUGUUAUUACCUUUGGAUGGGGUUCCAUGGCAGCUUUGAUAGGUAUUGUGCAGAAUCAGAGCCAGCUGAUUGCCCUACGAUUCUUUCUGGGAAUAUUUGAGGCUGGUUUCAGCCCCGCAGUCAUCUUCCUCAUUUCUACCUGGUACCGGAAAGGAGAGCAAUCCAAGAGAUUCAUCAUAUUCCUCACAGCCGGGAUUCUCUCCGGGGCAUUUGGAAGUGUCGUUGCCGGCGCAAUCACAUCAACUUUAGACGGUGUACACGGUAUACGAGGGUGGCGGUGGCUUUUCAUCGUCGAGGGCGUCGCAACAGCAGGAAUCAGCCUAAUCGUUCAUUGGACGUUGCUUGAUUACCCACACGCCAGUCGCGGCUUGACAACAGAAGAGCAAGACCUGGCGCAGAAACGGAUGGUCCAAGAUGGCGGAGCCGAAUACGUCGAGGACUCGGGUCAAUCCAUUCUUAGCGCUUUUCUAAAAGCAUCCUGCGACUGGCGCACCUGGCUUCUCGUUCCGGCGUAUAUGUCGAUUCUCGGAGCCUUGGCUAUCUCAUACUUUUAUCCGACUCUGGUCGAUGGUAUGGGGUACGAUUCAACGGCAGCACAGUACAUGACUGCGCCCAUAUACCUCGUAUCGCUGGGGGUCGCUCUACCGGUUUGUUAUUUCGCUGACCAAAAGCCUCAUCUCCGGGGUAAAUUUCUGGUAGCGAAUUUAUUGGUGGGUAUGGUAUUUUUUGCUCUCACGGCGGGUAUUCAGAAUUAUAAGGCGAGGUAUGUUUUCCUUUGCUUUAUCAAUAUGACUAUUUGGACUGGGAAUGCAUUGGGCCUUUCCUUUUCGACGACGGCGUUGGCGUCGGUUGAUAGGGAUGUUCGAGCUAUCAUGUUGGCUAUGAUGAAUGGUCUCGCGGCCCUGGCGCAAUUAUAUGGGAGUGCUUUGUUUCCGGCUGAAGAUGCCCCGGAGUAUUUGGUUGCCUUUUCGGUUUUUGCGGGUACAUUUGCUGUCGGGGCGGUUUUUUAUGCGUUGGCUGAUUUUCUCUUCAAACGAUAUCCUUAUGAAGGCCGUCGGGGGUGA